AUGGACUUGUUAAUAUUUGCAAUACAAUUGGAAGAGAGAAAUCAAUUAGAAUUUACCUUUGAGUAUAAGGGAGAAACACGCGUUCUCUGGGAUGGAUUCACGUUACAAAUUAGAACUAGGACAAAGAGCAUCGCACACGAACACACAAUUUAUACAGGUGAAAUGAAUAGUAUCUUUAUAAGUUAUGGA